AAGGUCAUUGUCAAGGUCAAAUCCAAGGUCACCGUCAGAUAGCCAGGAAAAAAUCAUAAAAACCCAAUACUUAGUAUUUUUUCUAGAAGUCAUAUUUUUCAAGUUAUUCUGCUCUUCCGUGACUUUUAUAACACCCUGUAUAGCUUGUGGGCAGAAGGGAUAUGAGGAAGUGCGCCGACAAAACCAUACCCAAGUAUUCGUACACUGCAACACCGUAUACAAGGCUUUAUAUUUAAGUCAGGUACAGACAUUUGAACCGAAGGAGAGACAUGCAGUAUUGUUGGUUGAUGAAAUGUCUAUAAAGCCAGGUUUGCAGUACGAUAAUUCCAGUGCGUCAGUUAUUGGUCGAUCCACAAUGAAACUAUCUGGUGAAAUUAAUAGUUCGAACAAGCAAGCUACACAUAGUCUUGUGUUCAUUCUAUGCGGUAUUUCCACUAAAUGGAAACAAACAAUUGCUUAUAAAUUUACAGCAAAUUCAUUCUGUCCACACGAAAUGGUUAAGGAGAUUGAAACAAUUAUUCAAAAAGCACAUUUUAUUGGAUUAACCAUUAAAGUAGUAAUCUCCGCCAUGAGUGCGCUAAACAGAAGUUGGUGGAAGAUUUUGAAUAUUACAGGUAAAAAGUGGACCACAGUUAAUAAUUAUAUCCAACAUCCAUGUGAUAAGAAAGAGAAAUUAUAUAUCAUGCCAGAUUCUGUCCACGUCUUUAAAAAUGUUGCAUGCUCUUUAACAGCAGGAAACACUUUUUAUUUAAAUGCAACAUUAGUUCAACAAUACAAUUUACCGCACAAUGAAAUAACUAUUACUCCUAUUCGCGACAUAUACAACUUUGAUUAAAACGAUACGUUAAAACUGUGUCCGCAUCUAAAACAAAAUGCUAUAUACCCAUCCCAUUUCGAUAAAAUGAAUGUGGCCUUAAGUGUAGGAAUAUUAAAUAAUAGUGUUGCUGCAGCUAUAUCUUACCAUAUAAACAAAGGUAACAUUAGAAAUAUACAUAGUACCACUGUCUGGUUUCUCACUACUAUGCAUAAGUGGUUUACACUUAUGUCGAGUCGCUAUCAAAAACUUGCACUGUCCCAUUAUAAUGGAAACAUAUACGACGAUAAUAUAACAUUCUUGAAAGAUUUUAUAGAAAUUAUUCGAGGAAUCACUGUUGGAAAUACACAGAAUGGAACAUGGAAACCUUUUCAAACCGGAUUAAUUCUUUUUACGUAGACUGUUUUAGAUCUGCAAGCAGAAUAUUUAGAUCGGUACAAUUUUAAAUAUUUAUUAUUGGGACGAUUUACGUAGGAUGCGUUGGAAUAUUUAUUUUCAGUCAUCCAAAGCAGAAAAGUUGUACCCGAUAUACAUGAUUUUAAAAAGGCAUUACGACUGAUUUGUUUAUCGCAAUUUCAUGCACACAUUAACCAUGGCAAUUACUCCAUUGAAGACUCUGAACAUCUUAUUCGAUAUUGUAAAGAGAUAAAAGAAGUUGAUUUUCAGCAUACGUCUGUUGAGGAACAAUAUCUCGAGAAUAUGGAAAAUAAUUUAUGGGAUAAAGAAAUAUUUAGAUCAUUAAGUGGAAACGAAUCUGGAUUAAACGAUGACACACAAAGCUCAUUAUAUUACUUAAUAGGUGCUUUAUUACCAAAAAUUAAAAAAACUUGUAAGCAUUGCGAUCAUUGUUUUAAUGCACUUGCAAACACUGCAGAUGAUUCGAAUAAUAAUCUAAGUACGUUCACUAAAUUACGACAAUAUAAAGAAAAUAUAUUACUUUUUCCAACCAUGGAACUGUAUAAUACAAUGUAUAAUACAAUGUAUAAGUGCGAAUUAUUAUUUCGAUCCAAUGAAAUACAUUUAGUCUCAAAUAAUUUAAAUGUUACUGAGUUUAUAGAUAAAUUAUUACACUUGUGUCCAAAAACUAUUCCGGAGUAUCAUAAUAUAUUUUAUAAACUUAUAAAAAAAUUUAUGAUAACAAGAACUCACUUUUCAUUGAAAAAAGAUAACAGUACUAUUACCUUAGUUAAUAAGAGUAGUCGAAGUGUUGGAAUGAAAGCAGCUAUUACAAAUGUUAAACAUUAUUAAUAAUAAAUA